CUCGUUCCAUUCAAUACAGACGAAUCUUAGAGAGAGACAUAGUCGGAGAUCGUCUGUCUGGUUAUGGGAUGAGACGAUGCUGCCGCGACCAGAGCUAUCGGAAGCAGAGCUAGGUUAGUAGUAGUAGAUACCGAUGAGCAGAGCGAACAUAGACUCCUGAAGUCGAACUAUACCAGGCUCAGUUCGCGACGAGUCGCGUUCCUACGAACAUCGUAUCCAUCCAACACAACACAACCAACAUUCAAGACGAAGAGCGCGCGCGCGCGCAAAUUUCAAAAAGGCUCAACAACAAAUUUUAAACAAAGUGACUUUAACGCAUAUAAAUAAAAGCAACAAUUGUACCGAACCAACAACAACAAAAUAAUACGCAAGUUUCGUGAACAGUUCUUACGUAACACAAGUGCUGCUGUUUCGUUAGUUUCUUUCUAAUUUUUUGUUUUGUUUAAAAUUUCGCAUCGUCCGUUUCUGUUCCUUGCACAUAGUUUAUUGCCAAGUGUUUCACUCUUUAUACAAGGAUAAAGGUAACACUCAAACAACACGGUACUUGAGUUACACGGAGUCUCGAAUAACACGAUCUUCAGCGGCGAGGUUUUUUUUUUUAAAUAAAUGCUCGUAACGAUCCUGCCUCAACAUGGAUAUCACGAAGGAACAAAACAAUCCAAAUCCCAUGGAGAAAGCCAAUCCAUUAUCAGUAUUAUUUUUUGGUUACACAAUCGAUAUGUUCAAAAAGGGUUACAGAAAAGUACUGGAGCCUGACGAUCUGUACAAUCCUUUGAAUGCGGAUAAGAGCAGUCAUCUGGGCGACAGGCUUGAAAAGAAUUGGACAAAAGAGACAAAUUAUGCCACAAAACGUAAAUCGAACGCGAGCCUAGGGAAAGUGCUCGUGAAAACCUUCUGGCCCGAGUAUCUCCUCCUCGCGAUACUCUUAUCAUUCAUGGACCUAAUUUUGCGGCUGAUCCAACCUUUGAUGUUGGGCAAGCUUCUGGAGUACUUCCGUCCCGGAAGCGACAUGCCGAAGGAAGAUGCCCUCUGGUAUGCCGCAGCGGUCGUGGGCGUUAACGCCGGUUCUGCCUUGAUGAUCAACCAAUACAUCUUUCGGGCCUUCCAUUACGGGAUGAGAGUGAGAGCCGCGUGCUGCUCUCUAAUUUACAGAAAAGCCUUAAAAUUGAGCAGGACCGCUUUGGGCGAGACGGCCUCAGGUAAAGUUGUUAACUUGCUGUCGAACGAUGUGAGCCGUUUCGAUGUCGUUUCCAUUUUAAUCCAUCACAUGUGGGUUGCGCCGCUCAGCUCGUGUAUAGUCACGUAUUUCCUGUGGAGCGAAGCAGGAUUAGCAGGAAUCAUCGGAAUUCUGCCGGUGCUCUUGGUGGUACCAUUGCAAGUGCACACCGGAAAACUGUCUUCCAAGUACCGAAGACGCACGGCGUACAAGACGGAUGAGAGGGUGAGGCUCAUGGACGAGAUCAUCUCGGGAAUACAGGUGAUCAAGAUGUACGCUUGGGAGAAACCGUUCGAGAAGCUUAUCCAGAAUUCCAGGGUGAAGGAACUGAAGGAAGUCACGAAAAUCUCUUACCUGAGAGGUCUCUACAUGACGUUCAACUUGUUCACGACUCGUGUCGCCCUAUUCUGCUCCCUAAUUACUCUUGUUCUUAGCGAUAAACCCAUCACCGCAACAACCGUAUUCGUGUUCAUGUCGUACUUUAACAUUUUAUCGCAAACGAUGACAUCAAUGUUCGUUCGCGGAAUAUCGGAAAUCGCGGAGCUUUUCGUGUCCAUAAAGAGGAUCCAAGAGUUCCUGAUGAACGACGAGUUCUCAGAUACCAGCAGAAACAGCAAUAACAACGAUGCACAGAGCCAAGCUGAUGUUGCUGUCGCUAUGAAUUGCGUAACAGCGAAAUGGGAUGCGACCAAAACGGAAAGCGCUCUGAAGAAGGUGAAUCUGAACGUGCAGCAAGGAAAACUGCUCGGAGUCAUCGGACCCGUAGGAAGCGGUAAAAGUUCUCUGCUGCAGACGAUUCUGGGAGAGUUGGAUGUGGAAUCGGGCGAUGUUAUAAUCAAUGGAAAGCUUUCGUACGCUGCGCAGGAGCCGUGGGUGUUUGCUGCAACGAUUAGACAGAACAUCACUUUUGGUUUGAGUUACGAUAAGAGGAGGUACCAGGAGGUGGUGAAGGCGUGCGCUUUGGAAAAAGACUUCAAGCAAUUCGAUAAUGGCGAUAUGACGAUCGUGGGAGAUCGUGGAGCGUCUUUGAGUGGAGGUCAGAAGGCUAGAAUCAAUUUAGCCAGGGCCGUUUACAGGGAUUCAGAUAUUUACCUUCUCGAUGAUCCUCUUUCCGCUGUUGACAUCCACGUCGCUAAGCACUUGUACCAACACUGCUUGAACGGUUUCCUGAAGAACAAAACUAGGAUUUUGGUGACGCAUCAAGUGCAUCAUUUGAAGGACGCUGAUCACAUCGUUAUAUUCAAUGAGGGAGAGAUCGAAACCGAAGGAAACUUCAGCAAUUUGGCGAACAACACCGACAUCAAAUACGCUAAAUUACUCAAAGAAGAACCAGAAUCCAAUGAUGACGAACUAAGCAAAUCCAUCGAAAAAGCUAAGGUCUCAAGACAAAUCUCAACUAGAAGUAAAACUGCAUCAAUGUCCAGUGCGCACAGCGAAACCAGUCUCGUUGAUAGCCUUUACGAAGAGCCCAACGAUGAAGAUAACGACUCGAGAAGCAGAGAUAUGCUCGAGGAUAGUUCCAGGGGAAAAAUCAAGGGAUCGCUUUUCCUGAAGUACAUUAUGGCUGGAGGAAACUGCUUCUUCGUGAUGGUCGUGAUUUCUCUUUACGUUUUGGCUCAAACCGCUGCAAGUUCGGUGGAUUACUUCGUGAGCUACUGGACGAACAUCGAAGAGUUCAGAUACGCGAAUUUGACAAACAGCGACGGCGAGCUCAAGGAAUUCCUAGAAACGGACACGUAUUUGUACAUUUACGCCGGCCUCAUCGUCGCCCUCUUCCUAUUGGCCUUGAUCAGAUCACUGCUCUUCUACAAGCUGGUAAUGAAGAGUUCGCAAAAGUUGCACGACUCCAUGUUCAAGAGCAUCGUCAGCACGACCAUGCACUUCUUCGAUACGAAUCCGAGCGGUAGGAUUUUGAAUAGGUUCUCCAAAGACAUCGGAGCGAUCGACGAGCUUUUACCCAAGGCCAUCUUGGACGCCAGCCAAAUUAUUUUACUAUUGAUCGGGUCGCUGAUUCUCGUCGCCAUGGUGAAUCCGUUGUUCUUGGUUCCGGUUGCGGUCAUCGCUUCGAUUUUCCUCAUGCUCAGGGUCAUCUUCCUCAAGUCUUCCAAGAACAUUAAACGUUUAGAAGGAAUGAUGAGGAGUCCAGUUUUUACUCACCUCAACGCCAGCAUCCAAGGUUUAACAACAAUCAGAGCAUAUGGCGCCGAGGAUACGCUGAAAUUGGAAUUCGAUAAGCACCAGGAUUUGCACACGAGCGCUUGGUUCAUGUACAUCGCAGCUAGCUCUGCUUUCGGAUUCUAUUUGGAUAUCCUCUGCUUCAUUUUCACGGCUUUGGUUACGUUCAGCUUUUUAACAUUCGGCGACGCUAUGUCUGGAGGAGAUGUCGGUUUGGCGAUAACCCAAGCUUCAGCUUUAACCGGUAUUGUCCAAUGGGGCAUGAGACAAUCGGCCGAAGUUGCCAAUCAGCUUAUGUCGGUGGAACGUGUGAUGGAGUACAACAUGCUCGAAGAAGAGAAGCAACCUUUCACACCGAAGAAACCACACAUCGAAUGGCCCAGCAAAGGAAAGAUCAUUUUCAAGGGCAUGGGACUUAGGUACUCUCCGGAAAUGCCUUUAGUGCUUAGAGAUCUCAACAUUACCAUUGAACCAAAAGAGAAGGUCGGAAUCGUCGGUCGUACGGGAGCCGGGAAAUCUUCGCUUAUUGUCGCGUUGUUCCGGCUGGGAUUCAUCGAGGGCGAAAUCGAAAUCGACGACAUCGACACCGACUCAAUCACCUUGCAACUGCUGAGAUCGCAGAUUUCCAUCAUCCCUCAAGAUCCGGUCUUAUUCUCAGGCACUCUGCGCUACAACCUUGACCCCUUCGAGGAAUACAACGAUGACGUUCUUUGGAAAGCGCUGGAAUACGUGGAACUGAAGGAUACAGCGAACAUAAUUAAUCGUUUGGAAAACAGAGUUAUGGAUCGUGGAUCCAAUUACAGUGUCGGGCAAAGACAGCUGAUUUGUUUAGCUAGAGCUAUCGUCAGGAACAACAAGAUCCUCCUAUUGGAUGAAGCCACAGCCAAUGUUGAUCCACAGACGGAUGCGUUGAUCCAAAAGACGAUUCGCCAGAAAUUCGCCGACUGCACGGUUCUCACCAUCGCCCAUCGUCUGGACACCAUCAUGGAUUCCGAUAAAGUUGUGGUCAUGGAAUCAGGAACGAUAGUCGAGUAUAAUCAUCCCCAUGAGCUGCUUUCCAAUCGCCACAGCAAAUUCUACAAAAUGGUCAAAUCAACAGGCAAAACAAUGUCCGAGCAGCUGAAGAAAAUCGCGCGACAAAGCUACCAUCGCAAGAACGAAGUUCAAGAAUAACAAUUGAAAAAAAAA